GCGCGUCACUGAAACUAGCCAACCACAGACUGUCGCCAGAUCGAGCACAAUUCUUCGACGCCCUGCCACCAGGUGUCAAGAUGGAACCACCGCAAUUCACCAUCAGCGCUGCGGAGCCGAUCUCGGCGCCUUCCUCUCGUAAUGCAUCGCGUACGUCGUCACGCAAAAGCGUAUCAUUGUCAUCCUCUCAGCGGAGCAGCUUUUUCGGCCGCAAGAACGACAUCCUGGUUGACGACCAGCACCUCAAGACGUUCGACAUGUCCGAAUCGGACGACGCAGGGAACAUUCAAUCGCUGCGCUCCGUUGUCUUUGACGGCAUUAGCUUCAAGUUGACGUGGCCCAGUUUUUGGCUCUGGCUGUUCGGUACUUCCAUCACGAUUGGAACGUUCAUCACGGCGUACUUGGUCACUGACAUCGAAGGGCACGAGAUCAAUCCUGGCCUCGUCAUGGGAUCGGCUCAAACGUUUGUGACGAGCUGUGUCGUGAUCAUCACGUUUCAUGGUGUCCACGCGUUUCAGCGCCACCCGAAUCCGUUGCUGUACUACCGAGCGAUUAUGGACCUCAUUCUGUCGAUUCGGUUCCUCUUCGACCCGUUGUGGAUCUACUGGGGAAUUUACCAAGUCGACAACGUCGCCUCGUGUCGGUACUUGUCGGCGAUCACAGAAUUCCUUUUCUUGUCUGCAGACGCUUGGUUUUUUGUACUCACGCUCGAUUUGUACUUGUCUCUGAACAACCCAUUCACCAGUGUCAAGCGCAACCGCCGCAUAUACGUUCGAGGCGUUUCCUUGUUUGCGAUUGGUUUGUCGGCCGUGGUGUCGUCCAAGCAAGGGCUGUUUGGGUUUGCCGAGGGGAAUUUUUGCUGGACCUAUGCAAAGCGCUACGACAAGUUGGCCAACCACACCGAGGCCAACGACUUUUUUUCGUUCAACAUAUCAACGUGGGUUGCGUUCUUCAGCUGGAUGGUGCUCUUUUAUGCAUUUGCGUUCUUUGUCCUGGGGUCGAGCUUCUCGCGCCUUCGCAUGGGGCUGAACAAGACCAUGGAGACUCGCAAGGGGAUGCUGCGUGAUGGCGCGUUAAGCAUCGUCAGCUACACCGUGUACUGGACGGUUGGGUUUUCGCUGUAUGCGUCGUCGUACAAUGGGGGCGCGACGCCGCAUCAACUUCGCAUGGAUCCUGUGUUCAAGCUGUACUGUUACGUCUUGGCAGGUCGCGGCAUUGUCACGUAUUUUUUGUGGUUUGUGAUCAAUUCGCCCCAAUUGAUAACGACCAAGUGGCUCGAUUUCUCGGAAGAUGGCAUCGACACGAACAUUUCGGCGCAGCUCAACACAUCGCUCCAAAGCGAUUUGCUCGAGUACACGGUGCGAGGCAUGCUUCGCGCAAUCUAUGAGUCAGACGAGAUAGUUGCGGCGGCCGCGACCGAGGACGCCAACGGGCAACGUCCCGCACCACGCCUCUCGAUCGACUCGGCGACGUCAAUGAGCAGCAUGCGCCUGACAGUUGUGGACACGAUGCCUCAGACGAAAGCACGUGUGCAAAAGAAAGGCGUGAAAACGCCGUUGCCGCCGGCCAAGCGCUCGGUGCACUUUGUAAACUAUCGCCCUAGCACAUUUGCCUCGCUGCGUUCGCAUUUCCAACUCAAGACCGACGACUUUGUCGCGUCGUUCGAAGAAGCAACCAAGCCUAGCAUCAGCGAAGGCGCGAGCGGCGCGUUCAUGUUUUUCAGCAAAGACAUGCGGUUUAUCGUCAAGAGCAUGGUCGAGGCGGAGGCGUGGUUCCUGGUCAAGAUCGCGCCAGAUUACCGCAACUACAUGCUGUCGCAGCCCCACACGAAACUCACGCGGUUCUUUGGAUGUUUCAAGAUUACUCUUCACGGGAACAAGUUCUACUUUGUCGUGAUGGAAAACCUGUUUGCGAACGCCCCAGAGAUUCAUCACCGAUACGACAUCAAGGGCAGCUGGGUCAAUCGGAGCUACGAUAACCCCCGUGACGGCGCCAAGGUCAAGUGCCGGUACUGCUCGAUGCAGUUUGUCUACCACUCGAACGCCGGCAAACAACAGACUUGCCCUAACUUGGCAGGACCCCACGAGCCCAACGUUGUACUCAAGGACGACGACAUCCACUACCGCCUCCGCCUCGGCGCAGCUGAAGGGCGGGCAUUGCUCGACCAACUCAAGCGAGACUCUGUGUUCUUGCGAGAUCAAGGCAUUAUGGACUAUUCGCUCUUGAUUGGCGUUGUCGACGUCCAGUAUAAGGUGGACAAGUCGGAUGCAGGUGCGGUGAUGGGUCUGGAGUUGGGGAUUCUGUUGUGGUGAUACAUGUAUUUGCACGGCUAGGAGUUGAAAACCCGCACUUGUGCGACUCGAUUUCCGGUCCUGGGCUGUACUAUGUGGGUGUGAUUGACAUUUUGCAAACGUGGAACUUUCAAAAACGCAUGGAACGGUGGGCGAAGAUUUGGCUCCGGGGCAAGGAUCCCCGCGGUCUUUCCGCUAUCGAGCCGUACCCGUACCAAGUACGCUUCGAAGCCAAGCUCCGCGACUUGAUUGCCACGGACGAGUACUCGUCCAAUGCGUUGUCAACCAACUGUGCGACGAAGCAUCUUCAACCGCUCUUUGCUCACAACCGAUCGCUGGAGCCGGUCAGCUUUUCGAGUAGGCCCACACCGCAAUUGAUCAAAACUUGGUCGACUCCCCAACGCGCCGGGCCUGCUCGCAUGGCUUCGACCGAAGACCCGUCUGUGUGGCUGUAGGUGAUGGUUCCUCUGAAGGUACUUCAGCAACAGCGCGUUUGGAUGUUUUGCAUUGUCAAUAUAUAACCCAAAAAGAAGGCGAAAACCCGAAA